AAAAAUCUUGUCGAGAGAUGUUACAUCUACAUUUCAGUUUAGGCCUUUCAUCCAAGCACUAAACAACAAUUUUUUGUUUAAAUUCUUUGUGACGGUUCAGACAGAAAAUUUCAAAAUUGUUGGUUUAAAAUGUUUAAGAAUUCCGCGUUAACUCUAAUACGGAUCACAAAUGACUGCUUUUUCAGUCGCUGCCUACAAUCCACCGCUUGCAGGUUUCUUCACUUUAAGGUUCAAGCUAAUUUAAAAAAUGAAGACAUCUGCAAGCCCAAUGGCCUUCCUAAAAAAUUUGAUGACGGCGCGAUCGGAAAGAAUUAUGUACUGCGCCGAUAUCUGGACGAUCUGAAGCAGCAGCAGGCACGAAGGUUAAUGGAAGAAGAACGUAAAGAUCUUAAAUGCCUGAAGCUUGCCAAAGAGAUCACAAUGGCUGGUAAAGAUUGCGACGAUCCGUGUAAGAAAAAGGAUCCAUGUGAGAAAAAGGAUCCUUGUAAGAAAAAAGACCCGUGCAAGAAGGAAGAUCCGUGCAAGAAGAAAGACCCCUGCAAGAAGAAAGACCCCUGCAAGAAGAAAGAUCCGUGCAAGAAGAGAGACCCGUGCAAGAAAAAAGACCCAUGCAAGAAGAAAGACCCUUGCCCGAAAAAAGAUCCUUGCCCAAAGGAAGAUCCUUGUAAGAAAGAACCUUGCCCGAAAAAAGACCCCUGCAAGAAAAAAGAUCCCUGCAAGAAAAAAGACCCCUGCAAAAAAAAUAAAGGUGGUGAUAUGAAAAAGAAAUGCAAAAAAUUAGCCGAAAAGGAAAAAUGUAAGAAACUAGCCAAAAAAGAAAAGAUGAAGAAAAUGCAGAAAAAAUGCAAAAAAUUGCUUGAGAAAGAAAAAUGCAAGAAAAUGGCCAAGAAAGAUAAGUGCAAGGAAAAGUAAAUGACCAAAAUGAGAAAUUUUACGCCAACUCAACAAAUUUUUUAAUUCUUUUUACACAGUAUUUAGAGGAUCAAAAUUAAAAAUUUGUGUUUUACAGCUUG